AGCCCGAGCGCAGAGAUACAGCUGCGUCUACACAUGCAGUUACAACAAAACUCAAUGAAUGACAGACAAGUAUAGCACUGAACCUGCCUGCAGCUUUUCUGCACGGCACAAACCUUGGAUGAUUUCUCUCACAGAAACAUCUGAUAGAUGAUUCGCUCUUUUUAUUUGAAAUAUCUUACAGCGUAGUAAGAUUUCCACCAUGGUGCUCGGAAAAGUGAAAAACUUCUUUGUGAGCUACGAAUGUCUCAAUGACAGCAAUGUCCCUGUCUUCGCCAGUGGGGACUCUGUCUCGGGUCGGGUGAUCGUUGAAGUUACCGGAGAAAUCCGCGUGAAAUCUUUGAACAUUCACGCCAAGGGACUGGCGAAAGUUCGCUGGACUGAAUCACGUAAUGCUGGAUCCAACACUGCCUACACACAGAAUUUCACUGAAGAAGUGGAGUAUUUAAACCACAGAGACGUCCUUAUUGGACAUGAUAGAGAUUAUGACAGCUGUGAUGAGGGCUUUACCGUUCUUCACUCAGGGCGACAUGAGUUUCCCUUCAGCCUCGAGCUGCCCCAGACGCCUUUGGCGACAUCUUUUGAAGGCAAACACGGCAGUGUCAGGUACUGGGUGAAGGCGGAGCUUCAUAGGCCAUGGCUCCUGCCCAUGAAAACCAAGAAGGAGUUCACCGUCUUUGAGCACAUUGACAUCAACACUCCAUUGUUACUGUCUCCUCAGGCUGGCACAAAGGACAAAACCCUUUGCUGUUGGUUCUGCACCUCAGGGCCUGUAUCACUAAGUGCCAAAAUCGAGAGGAAGGGCUAUACUCCAGGAGAGUCCAUCCAGAUCUUUGCAGAGAUUGAAAACUGCUCUUCCCGUGUGGUCGUGCCAAAGGCAGCCAUCUACCAAACCCAGACCUUCUUUGCCAAAGGGAAGGUCAAGGAGAUCAAACAACUCGUAGCUAACCUCCGUGGAGAUCCUCUAUCCCCUGGCAAGAGUGAAACUUGGGAUGGCAAGAUGCUGAAAAUCCCACCCAUUUCGCCUUCCAUUCUGGACUGCAGCAUCAUCCAUGUGGAAUAUUCACUCAUGGUGUAUGUGGACAUCCCUCGAGCUGUCAACUUAACCCUGAACCUGCCCCUGGUGAUCGGCACCAUUCCCCUCCACUCCUUCGGCAGUCGCACCUCUUCUGUCAGCAGUCAGUGCAGCAUGGCUAUGAGCUGGUUGGGAUUGCCUGAGAGACCUGAAGCUCCACCAAGCUACUCUGAAAUAGUCACCAAUGAGGAGCAACAGAACAACUUGGAGCUCCCGGCUGUGAGAGAUGAGAUUGAAGGACCACUUUAUGCUUAUAUCCAUGAAUUUCGCUUCCAGCCUCCGCCUCUGUAUUCUGAGGUUGAUCCCCAUCCUGAGCAGGGGUGCGGCUCCAUGGACAGGAGACCAGAUACCUGUCCAUCCCGCUGAAGGAGUGACCACACCUGACCAGUGCUGUCAGGGAUCUCUUAUCUCUACAACCUCAACUGGGGUUUGUUCUUCCUUCAUGAGAAGGCAUGUGUAGCCAUCUUGGUGCGCAGAUGGAUAUCCUCCAGGAAACACUCCCAAUCCGAGUCGAGUCCAGCUCAGCGGCCCCUAAAAUCCGUGGAAGAUCUUGAGUGAUUCUCUUCCCCCUCCAUCCUUGGUGAAAAGUGUACAUACAAGAUUUGUUCGGAGGAAACUGUGCCCUUGACACCAAGAUGGAUUGAACGCAACACCACUAAGUGUAAGAAUAGUGUCCAAACAUAUUCACAGCCUUGUUUUGGAUGUGAUUCUUCACUCAUUUGAAUGAUCAGACCAAAUCAUCUUGAAGAUUUUUUUGGUGAUCAUUAUUCUAAGAGCAACAAAUAACUUCAGCCAUCCUGCAUCCACUCCAACAGAACAAUGACAGACUUGUCAAUUGUUUGUCAUUUCUCGACUUAUAGGAAGUGGCUUUACCACAUUCAUUUUCUUAAAAAGAAAAAUUAAAAACGUUGUAAACUAUAAAUGUGGAUACAACAAGACCUGCUGCAAAGCAUUAUGGAUGGGAUUCUGAAAUGCCACGUUGCCUUUCUGCUAGAAAGAAACUGCAAGAGCAUCAACUGAACAUGGCACUGAUUCAAGUGGCGAAAGAAAGGAGACCAUUGACGGCGAGCGAAGAGGACUCUAAUCAAGAUGCAAGACAUUCUUGAAUUGGUCCUCCCUCUCAAGCUGUUACAAGAUACGCAGAGAACUGCACUCCAGAACUCAUUUAGAGCCUCGUACUAUAUGUGCAACUAAGAGCUAACUAGACUUUCUUUUCCCCUACUCUUCUGGCCUGUUGGCAUAGGCUUUUUUUGUUUGUUUAACGACAGCUAGCACUUUUCAUUGAUUGCAUUCAAAGCGUAUUCCGAAACUUUUCUAAUAUGAUUCACAAGUUUGACAAACAUAUGCUCUGACGUUUACAUGUGAUUUUAGCUAUGUUUGUUUACAUGAAUGUGCUGUUAAAAGACAAACUAGAGUCGCUAGCUACACGUUUGGGCUAAUGAAACAAUCUUUGUGGCCUUGGCACAAAAAAAAAACGUUUGUUUUUAUCACUGUUUAUAGUUGAGUUUGUGCGCUGUGCUGUCAUUUACCUAUACCUAAAAAAGGGACUAUGUUUUUUUUUUUGUGAACUGUAUGCAUCCUUAGCUUGAUGUUUGUGCUUUGGGUCUUGGGUAAAAUUGUUGCAGUUUAUUUUGUUUUCUAUUGCUUUAUCUUAGAUACUACGAGAACAUUCUCAAACAUGCACUUCCAGGGAAUUAAAGAACCCUCUUAAAGACUGAACAUGUGAUGCAUACUGCAUAUAAGAAGCGACGUUACUCUUCAGUCAGGCUGGUCCAGAGCUAAUUAAACUGGCUACCAUUGUUUUCCAUUUUAGGGGUUGAUGGGUGAAAUGGGUAUUAAGCUACUCCCAUGUCAAACGGUGCAAUAUCCGCUGUGUUUUCAGUGCGUUUCCACAUAGUUUUGUAUUCUUAGCUUGUUUCUAACUUUUGUACCAUUUUCUAGGUUGUCUAUAAGAUGUCAAAAAAAAUAUGUUUGUCUGUUUUUGCUCCAGCCUGUUUAAAUAAAUAUGCCAUUUUAUACAAAAACU